GAUUUUCAUUACUGAAAGUUGCUGACGGUGAAUAUCGGAAUGCAGCAGCCGGAGUGAACGGCGACCUCCAGGUUCGAGCACUUCGAGCCCUCAAGAGAGAACACACUCGAGAAGAGUGCGUCCGACGUCGGCCGUCGUCGCGAGAGCGUGAAGAACCGUUCUGAACCCUUUGUCGCGGUCACGGGAAAAGCGACUCCACUUGAUCCGCUUGAUCGUCGUUCCGACGAGCGCCGUGCGCGUCAGAGGGCGGAAAGAGAGGGGCGCGUGUCGCGAAUCUUGUCCGCGCGAGGAUGACCUGCAGUUCUUCCCCGAGAUCCACCCAGGUUAGACGGAUUUGACACCUGUAAAGUAGGUGAGGCCUGUGGAGCGGGCGUGGAGGUUAGGUUGACCGUUCUUGGAGGUUAGGAAUGAGCGCGAUACGCGACGCAGCCCCGCCGAGGAGAAGAGCCACGUAGUGCGCCGAGUCUUUCAGAUCGCUUUCGUCGCUUGAGCGCUUACUCGUCGCGCGACGCGACGUUCGGAUUCACCGGGUGAACGACGGGCGGGUGAGAAUCGACGGAGGAAGCAUGUACACGUUCAAGCCGUUUGUGUUCACCAAGCACAGGGCGAACGGGCGGGAGCGGCCGAAGGCGCGGAGCGGCCACCGGAUCGCGUGCGACCAUCGGAAUCUGUACUCGUACGGCGGAUUCAAUCCGUGCGUGUCCGACACCGACCCGGACAUGCGCAACGACCAGACGUGGUACGCCAGCAAGCCGCUGUUCAAGGAGCUGUGGCGCUUCAACCUGGUCAGCGAGCGGUGGAAGCGGCUGCCCGGCCAGGAGAACAUGCCGAACGAGCUGGCGUCGAACGCGGUGAUACUGCGCGGCAACGCGCUGAUGGUGUACGGCGGCACCGGCGUGCCCUUCGGCGAGAGCUGCAGCAAUCAGCUGUACGUUUGCAACGUGGACGACGGCGUGAUGAACGUCGUGCCGGCCACUGGCGAGCUACCCGAACCCCAGUAUGGCCAGGUAAUUUGUUUUUGCUCUUGCUAUUUGAAUUUUUUGCCUUCUAAGGAUUUUAAGAUUUAUUUGGAUAGUUAUGGAUCUUUGAAAUUUAUGGUUCUUGUUUCUAUCACAAUGGGACAAUAUUGGUUCCAUUAA